AGACGGGCGAUUGUUUGUAUUUUUAUUAUUUUAUGCUUAAACGUUUCUCUUGGAUGUAAUUCAGUUAAUUAUUUUUUUACGAAAUCAGAUCGGUACGAUAUACAGAGCGUUCUUGUUAUUUUGUGUAGUGAAUUUGAAAGGAAAUUACGUAUCAGUUAUUUAGUUAUUCCGAAAGGAUUAACUCCAAUUUCAUACAUCUGACGUGUUUUACGUGUAAAUGUUUAAUAAAGUUGCAUUGAUUUGCGAUUAUAUUACUUCAAUCGAAUAGUUCUCAUAUCAAGAAUUCAUCAAUUUUUAAUGAAAAUUUGUGAAAUACUAUAACUCACUAUCUUUCAAUGUGUUGCGUUGAAAUUUUUAUUUCGCAUACACUAUCACUGAUGUGACCGUAACGAUUUUAGUAUUUAAUCGAACGUCUUUGUGGGAAUAGAUACUUUCAUAAAUAUAUCAAUGCUCUUUAACAAAUGUUAAUACGUUUUAUCGUUGAAUAAUUUUUAAUUAUCAGUAUUAAUAUAGACGUUGCCUUUGUUUGUACUGUUUAUUGAAUUAGUGAGUUGAACAAAAUGUUAAGAAAAAUUUUGAUCGUUGGAAUAAUUUCAUUGUCUGUUGCUGCCGCUACAGUUUCCAGCAACGAAAUAGACAUUGACAAACUUAAGUCUCAACUACCUGAAGGUAUUAUACCCGAAGGUUUUAACACAUCAGCGCUGCCAACAGCAGAUGAUGCCAAAAAGCUAUUCAAAGAAAAGUGCCAGAAGGCUUCCAACAGCGAUGAAGCAUUCCAGACAGCUGAAACCGCAUCGGAGGUGUUUCGAGACUGUCUGACGGGUUUGGUUGAUUUCGAAGCACUGCAAAAGGAAAUUGAGACAGCACAGCCUAAUGGUGACUUAGAUAUAGUAUUUAAUAAAUACUGUCGCAAGCGAACCAUUGCCAUUGAAUGUAUGAACGUUUUCACCGUUGCCAUUGAGCCGUGUCUAGAUGAAAAAGAAGUGGCCGGCAAGACAACUUUCGUCAAAAUUUUCACGAAUUUAUUGAACUUCGUUUGUCACAAAGACGGUGAUCAAAUUGCAUUGUUCAUUGCUGAAAAGGGACCGGAAUGCUUUAACAGCAAAAAGGACGCAUUGAUCGCUUGUAUAAAUUCCACAAUGUCGGCUUACAUACCAUCGGAAACGCCUACAGUAGAUAAUCUGCCGCAACUAGUUAUGGGUGUGCAACAAUGCAACGACAUGAAUACUCUGCAACAUUGUGUUGUAAAGGAAUUGGAGUCAUGCGAAGAGUCCACACCUGCUAAUUUAGUUGAAUCGAUGUUUAAAUUUGUGCGAAAUGAAACUCCAUGUGCUAACAUGACGGCCACCAAAAGCGCAGCCUUCACACCGAAAACAUCAUGGACGAUCCUUUCAACCGCCUUGGUGACAUUGGUGGCGUGGACAUUGUAAGAGAAAGUAAUACCAAAAGUUUUUAUUUUUUAAUUUUUGUGAUCCUAAAUAUUACAUUUUUACCGUGUCACUCGGUAAGUUCAAAAGUAAUUAGGUUUCCUCGAACUAAAAAUAGUUUUUUUUUAUGUAUCUUUUGUAAUCGGAACGUAUAGUUGGAUAGGGUUUUUGUUCUACUAUUGAACAAAUUGGUUGGUCUAAAUCGAUUUUAAAAGUUAGACAUAAAUUGAGAUUUCUAAAAAAUUUUAUUUUGUUUCCCACUCAUGUGCUAAAUUUAAAUACUGAAAACGGUAUAAUGUGUAACUGAAUGUCAAUGUAGUAAGUCAAUAAGAUGUCGUUGUUUUUGUAUAUGGUGCAUUAGUAUAUACAAUUCGAGAUAAAAAAAAGCCUAAAAAUAAAUUUAUGCAAUUUGAUGUAAAGGGUAAGGCUAAGACCGUAUCACCCUGAUAUUAAUAAAGAGAUUUAUGGUCAAUAA